GAAGUCACAGGUAAGGUAUUGUUGGCCGUAAAAUUAUCCCCACUUUGUCUUCAGAUGGUGACGCCUUCUGGCUUCUGCUUUCCCUUUUCCUGAUUCUUCUUCUGCUUCUCAAUUUCUUAAUCAUAUCCAUCCUUGCUCCCUCCCUAUCUGCCUGGUGCCGUUUCAUUGUUGCACCAUCUUGGACUCUGCGUUCAUGGGAAUUAAUCAGAGUACCUGGAAGUAAGGGGAAGCUGUGGCAUGGAGUCUUUUCUCGUGAAAAGGAAGAAUAAAAAAAUAUUGGUGUUUGUUAUGGGUGUCUUCUUGUAAAUUUGUUUUGAUCUCUUAAUCUCUGAAUAGAGAGAAUAUUGCUGUUAAUUGCACAUCUGUAAGCUAGAGAGUUAUUGCUUGAUUUGGAUGAUCAAUUUGUGCCCCGCGACUUUUGUGAUCCGGCAGUCACUCUACAAGUCAGCUUCUUCGCACUGUGCGAUUAUAUUUGCUACAUUAUUGGCAUCAUGCCAGUAGUUCAAAAACUAUAUGAUGCUUGCAAAGAAUCUUUCUCAACUAAUGGCCCAGUAUCUGAAGAAGCUCUUGAAAAAGUGCGUGCAAUUUUAGAUCAAAUGAAGCCUUCUAAUGUGGGUCUCGAACAGGAGGCACAAUUAGCUCGUCAAUGGAAAGGAUACAUCAAUGGUACCAAUGGCAGAAAAGGGCGUAAUGGCAGUCAUCAGUACCCACCUCCAAUCAAAUAUUUGCACUUGCAUGAGUGCAACAGAUUCUCUAUAGGAAUAUUUUGUAUGCCGCCUUCCUCUAUCAUACCGCUUCACAAUCAUCCUGGGAUGAUCGUGUUGAGCAAGCUUCUAUACGGUUCAUUACUUGUAAAGUCAUAUGAUUGGCUUGAUCUCCCUGGAUUUGAUGAUCCCUCACAAGCAAGACCUGCAAAACUUGUUAGAGAUUGUGAAAUGACUGCACCCUGUGGGACGACCAUUCUUUAUCCCACUACUGGUGGCAACAUUCAUUGUUUCAAAGCCUUGACACCCUGUGCUCUCUUCGAUGUUCUUUCACCCCCUUACUCUUCAGAAGAUGGGCGACAUUGCUCUUAUUUUAGAAGGGUCCCUGGAAGUGUUCUACCAGAAGGUGCUGCUCAAUUGUGUGGCAUAGAACCCUCAGAAGUGGCAUGGUUAGAAGAAACUCAGCCUCCAGAAAACUUUGUGGUUCAGAGAGGGCUAUACAAAGGGCCUAAUAUUAGGCGUUAAAAGUUUUUCCCUGUUCCCACUUUGAAUAGGAUGUAAAAUACCAUUAAUCAGAUCAGACGAACACAUGGAUAACCCUGGAAUUGACUGCUGCUGUCAACUGAUUUGGCAAGUAAUAGUUAGGCGUUGGCUUUUGUAAGGUUUUUGUGUGUUGUUAUAAUUGCCUAACUGAAAAGGUCGUUUCUUUUUUU